UUGGGACUCUGGGAGUCAGCCUCGUCGGUCGGGGACAAAUCGGCGCAUCCAUCAAAGACCGCAGUGCUUGGACUUUGACCUCGUCAGUCGAUCGAUGCAACUCCACGGUCGAUUGAGGCAGCUUGCUUGGGCGACGACGGGGCGCAUCCGGGGCGAGACGGCUCAGGGAGACCGAGACAUAAUGGGCCACACUGAUGGAGUAUUAAACUGAGUACUUUGCCCCAACAUCAGGUCUGUUUUCUGUUCCAACAAGCUCAUCAUUCCUGAACAUCUCUCAACCUUCCUCCACACCCGACGACUCCAUACAGCAAGACUUACCAACCAGCACAACAAUGGCCAAGUUCUUCAUCGCGUCUGUCCUCGGGCUUGCUUCCCUCCAGGGGGCUAUGGCGGCUCCCGCUGCGGAGGUGUUCCCGGAAGUGAUUCCCGGGCCCGGUCUUCCGUCGCUUGCCGACCUCGGCCUCACGUCUGCCCAGCUCUACAAGAUGCCCACCCCCAAACAGCUGGCUGCUAGACUCGACCCGCUCAACAAGCGGUUUGAUGCCAAGUGCGGGCCCGCCGAGAAUGCGUACACCAACGUGAACGAUAUUAUUGCCUGCUACCACUACCUCAACAACUUGGGCACGACCAUGUGCGUGGGCUCUAGCGCAAACAAUGUCUUCUGCACCGCAGGAUUGGCUCACGUCACCGGCUCGACCCCCUUCGGUCCUACGCAGUCCUACUGCCGGGAUGUGGCGGCUGGUGUCUUGUGGGCUAUCGACAGCUGCACCCGUCCGGACCAGAGCUGCGCUGGUUCUGCGUCGGCUUACGGCAAUGGAAACCUCAUCAUUACCUCCUCCCACCGCAUCAACUGGUAAAGGCAUCGGGCCUGGCUGCUGCGAGGACAAGAUUGAGGUGGAUGUUGAUGAUCGAAGCAAGUGCAAAAUAUGUUUCUGUGGAUUUCUAUCCGUUAGGAAUAAUACAAACGAAAGCCUAACAGUCGA